AUGGGCCGCUAUCCUGGAGACUACAAAAUACCGCACGGCGGUCUUGGAUAUGAAGACAUUCCUGGCGAGUACAGCAUACUGGGGUAUAUAAUCGUCCCCGACACGGUCCGGCACGAGGGCCCCGACUACCCGCUGGUGCGGUACGACGUGUACGGCUACCGACUGCCGGAGGGGCCCGGCCCGGCCCGGCGUCCCGACGUCAGCCCCUCCGAGUACGACAUUUGCGGCCACGCUAUCCUGCACGAGCGCGCCGAGGCCGGCUCGCGCGAGUACCGGCCCGUCGACUACGCCAUCUACGGGCGGCGCGCGCCGGACGUGGUGCUGGCGUCCGGGCCGGACGCCGGCCUGUUCAGCCCGUGGGGCCGGCGCACCGGGCCGCCGCCGGGCCUGCGCAAGCUUCGCCUCGCCGACCUCGACACGGACAGCUUCCGGGCGCCCCCGGCGCGUCGCGUGCUCAACACGCGCUCGCGGCCCAAGACGCCGGCCGAGAUUGUGGCCGAGCUGACGGGCGGCGGCCGGUGGGUGACGAUCUGGCCCUCGCAGCCGCUGCCGCAGACCCGCACUGAGGGCGAGCUAGCAAUGCCGCAGAUUCUCACCAAGUUUACCGAUCUCAUCUGCUUCAUCACCGAGAACAAGAUCCUCACCAUUCAGGGCUACGGCAACCCGAUCCCUGAGCCUCACUGGACGGCCACCGGUACCGGCUCAUCAUCCCCCCGCGUCCGGUACGAGGACGCCGGCCAGUACCGGCUCACGCUCAAGAACCGCAUGGGCGAGGUCACCGAGCAGUGCAAACUCAUCGUCAAACCUCUGAGUGACCUGAAAGAGCCCCACUUCUUCACCCACCUGGUGGACAACGUCAAGCACAAGGGCGAAGAGACGGUCAUGAGCGUGGAGAUCCGAGGACAGCCUCAGCCCGAGAUCCGCUGGUACAAGGACGGUGUCGAGCUGGCGCCGGACACCAACAUCAUGAUGACUCAGGACGUGGACACGUGCGUGUACACGCUCAAGAUCCGUCGCACGUCCGACGACGACAUGGGCCUCUACACCUGCAAGGCCAUCAACGAACACGGCGAGGCCUCCGAGGAGUCACGUCUGGAGGUGCUCUUCAAGCCGGAGAUAUCAGGCCUGCGCGAGAUCGCCGUCGUCCCCGGCGAGAAGGCCGUCUUCCACGCCACGGUCAAGGCCAACCCCAAGUGCCGGCUCAAGUGGCAACACGACAAGGUGGACGUGAGGCCGACAGACAACGUGCGGGUGGAGACGGACACCGACUGCACGCGCACUACCCUGACGGUGGAGACGGUCGGCAUGGUGGACGGCGGCGUCUACAGCGUGGUGGCCGACAACGUGCACGGCGAGACGACGGGCAGCGGCGUGCUCCUGCUGCGCACGGCCGUGCCGACCUUCAAGAAGCGCCUGCUGAACACGGGCGCGCGGCUCGGUCAGAAGCUGCUGCUGGAGACGGUGGUGGUUGGCCUGCCGGUGCCCGACGUCACCUGGUUCAAGGACGACAAGCCGCUGACGGUGCAGCGGCUGGACGAGCAGACGUUCCGCUUCGAGGUGGACGAGGUCACGUCGCCGGACUACGGCGCCUACCGCGUGGUGGCCAUCAACUGCGUGGGCUCGGCGGAGAGCUCGUGCAAGGUGUCGGAGGAGGUGCUGCCGCCCGUCAUCGGCUCCCGGCUGCCCACCUUCUCCAAGAAGGAGGAGGGCGACACGCUGGUGCUGGAGGCCAAGGCCGACGGAAGCCCGGCGCCGGAGAUCACCUGGUACAAGGACGGCGAACCCCUGGGCCCGUCGGACCGCGUGCGGCUGGAGCGGCUGGACGACGGCACGGUCCGGCUCACGGUGGUGGACCUCCGGCCGGAGGAUGCCGGACGGUACCGCAUGGUCGCCUCCAACGGCAACGGCGACGCCAGCACCGAGUCGGCCGUCACCGUGGACCGUGUGCCGCGGAAGCCACGCUUCGACCAGACCAUGGGCGACGUCACCGUCACCGAGGGCAAGCCGCUCAAGCUGGAGGCCAGGGUCACUGGCUACCCGCGGCCCGUGCUCAAAUGGCUGAAGAACGGACGCCCGCUGCACGGCUCCGAACACAUCUCCAUCACCACCACGCCGCAGGGCACCACCAUCAUGGAGAUCGAGAAGGCGGGACCAGAGGACGCCGGAACCUACUCCGUGCUCGCCGUCAGCGACCUCGGAGACGCCUCCAUCGACGCCGACGUCACCGUUGAACCGCCGCACCGCAAGCCGCUGAUGCAAGACACGUUCCGCCCGGUGCGCGCCGUGGAGGGCUACCCGGCGCGCAUCGAAGGCAAGGUGUCGGGAUACCCGCCGCCCACCGUCGCCUGGUUCAAGGACGGCCAGCCGUUGAGCCCGGCCGACGGCGUGCGGCCCUACCUGCUGCCCGACGGCACGUUCGGGCUCGAGUUCGACGCCUGCCGGCCGGCCGACUCGGGCCGGUACACUGCCAAGAUCUCCAACCCCGAGGGCGAGGCCGAGGCGGAGACCAAGCUCGACGUCAUAGGCAAGCAGCGGCCGGGCGAGGACAGCGCGCCCGCCUUCACCUGUCCGCUGCGGGACUCGGAGGUGAAUGAGGGCAGCGUGCUGCUGCUGACGGCCGACGUGACGGGCAACCCGCUGCCGGACGUCACAUGGACACGUGACGGCGAGCCGCUGCCCCGUCACGAGCGGCUCUUCACCAGCUACGACGGCGACAAGCUGACGCUGAUGCUGCGGCCGGCCCGGGUGGCCGACGCCGGCAAGUACCGCGUGGUGCUGACGAGCCCGCGGGGGCAGGCCGACUCGGCCGCCGACGUCCGCGUCAAGAAGACCUACGUGGCGCCGCACUUCCCGCAGAAGAUCACCGACCUGCAGCAGAUGCCCAAGUACGACGCCAAGUUCAUGGGCCGUGUAAUCGGCAUCCCGCGGCCGGACGUCGAGUGGUUCUUCAACGACAAGCCGUUGCGGCCGUCGGCCAAGUACAAGGUGAAGCGCGACGCCGACAUGUGCGCGCUGUACGUGCUGGACUGCACGCCCGAGGACGCCGGCGUCUACAGCUGCGUCGCCAGCAACGCCGACGGCUCGGCCAAGUGCUCCGCCACCCUCGAGGUGGUGGACCACAUUGUGCGCCGGCCGAAGCCGGAGCCGCCCUACUUCCUGAAGACGAUCGGCGACUGCGAGGUGUUCCCCGGCAUGCAGGGCAAGUUCACGGCCUGCGUGGCCGGCACGCCCGAGCCCGACUUCGAGUGGUACAGGGACGACAUGCGCAUGUACCCCAGUGACCGUAUCCUGAUGGAAGCGGACGGAUCCGGUCUGAUCCGGCUCAUCAUCAAACACGCCGACGAGGGCGACGCCGGCCGCUACAAGCUGAAGAUCUUCAACACGCACGGCGAGGCUGCCUGCGAAUCCGAGCUCUCCUACGACACCUUCGACAGCGGGCCGUCCAAGAACCUGAAGGACCAAUACGGCGCCCUGGAGCAGCAGCUCAAGUCUGGUGUGCCCAUGCCGCUCUCGGAUCGACCCAUCAUAUCCAGGAUGACGGACCGUCAGCUGACGCUGUCGUGGCGGCCGUCACCGACCGCCGGCCAGAGGAUCCCCGUCACCUAUCACGUGGAGAUGGCGGAGGUGCCGCGCGGAGAUUGGUUUACCGUCCGUUCAGGUGUGCGCGGGUGCUCGGUCGAGAUCCGCAAUCUGGAGCCCCACCGCGACUACAAGUUCCGCAUCAAGGUGGAGAACAAGUACGGCGUGAGCGAGCCUUCGCCUCACAUCACCACGCAGAGGGAGCGGCUGGUGCCCGAGCCGCCGGAGUCGGGCCCCUACCUGCCCGACGGCGAGCAGUUCAAGCCGGACAUCUCCUCCUACUUCCCGCGCGACUUCGACAUGGAGAAGUGGGCAGGAGGGCGCGCCCAUCCGCCCACGUUCCUGCGCCAGGAGCGCGGCACGCAGUACGGCGUGAAGGGCCACGGCGCCGACCUCAAGUGGUUCGUGUACGGCCACCCCAUGCCCGAUGUGCGCUUCACCUUCAACGGCACGGACAUAGAGAUGGGCGGCCGGUACAGCCACAGCUUCACGCGCGCCGGCGAGCUCACGCUCUUCGUCAACAAGAUGCUGGAGCGCGACCAGGGCGUGUACGAGGCGAUCGUCUCCAACCCGCACGGCGAGGCUCGCCAGCGCGUCACCCUGCACGUGGCCGAGCACCCCCGCUUCACGCACACACCGGAGGAGGCGACCGUCAUGCAGCGCGACCAGGCGCGCUUCGAGGCGCGCGUGACAGGCGUGCCGCGCCCGGACAUCCGCUGGUACAAGGACUGGCUGCCGCUGGCGCCCUCCGACCGCGUGCGCAUCCACUGGAAGGAGCCGGACACGUGCGUGCUGCUCAUCAACGGCUGCGUGCCGCGCGACAACGGACUCUACUCCAUCAGCGCCACCAACGUGGCCGGCACCACCUCGGCCUCGGCGAUGCUGCACGUGGAGUACGACGAGGCCAUGUACAACUACAUCUCGUACUCGCCGGCGCGCUCGGUGCGGCCGCGCACCAAGGCCUUCGAGGACUUCUACAACGUGGGCGACGAGCUGGGCCGCGGCACUCAGGGCAUCACCUACCACGUAGUGGAGCGCAACAACGGCCGCAACUUCGCCGCCAAGUGCAUGAACGGCAAGGGCGAGCACCGCCAGGCGAUGAACAACGAGAUGUGGAUCAUGAACCAGCUGAGCGACCGCCACCUGGUGCGCCUGUACGACGCGUACGAGUCCCCGCGGCAGCUGAUCCUGGUGCAGGAGCUGUGCGCCGGCGGCGAGCUGCUGCCCGCGCUUUGCCGCCAGCCGACCUACACCGAGGCCGACAUCGCCAGCGUCGUGCGGCAGACGCUCUGGGGUCUGCAGCACAUGCACAGCAAGCACAUCGGCCACCUCGGGCUCACGCCUGGCGACAUCCUCUUCACCCGGCCCGGCGGCGACGAGAUCAAGCUGAUCGACUUCAGCUACUCGCGCCACAUCAACCCGCAGAAGCCAGAGCGGCUCGACUACGGCAUGCCGGAGUUCGUGGCGCCGGAGAUCGUGAACAGCGAGUGCGUGGGCCUGCCAGCCGACAUCUGGUCGGUGGGCGUCAUCACCUACCUCCUGCUGUCCGGAAUAUCGCCCUUCAGAGGCGAGAACGACCGCGAGACGCUGAAGAAGAUCCAGAGCGGCGAGAUGGACUACGACCUGGACGCGUUCUCGGGCGUCUCGGAGGAGGCUAAGGACUUCAUCGCCAAGCUGCUGGUGUUCGCGCCUGGCGAGCGCCUGGACGUGCGCAGCGCGCUGAGGCACCCCUGGCUCAAGUUCGCCGACCACGCGCCGCCCACCGUCAAGGACGUCUCCACGGACCGGCUCAAGAUCUACCUGGAGAAGUUCAGGGACUGGUACCGGAACGCCUCGUGCCGCACGUGGUUCCGCCGGCGGCCGCUCAGCUCCGCGUUCACGCACCCGAGCUGCAUGGUGUACCCGCCGGACGUGGUGUACACGCCGCCGCCGUCGCCGGAGCCGACGCGGCGCGUCAAGUGGCAGCCGCCGCGCCUGGAACCGGACGGACCCGACGGGCACGAGCCCAUCGAUACGGAGAUCGGCUGGGUCGGCACCGAGAGCCAUUACCAGCAGGGUCCGGACACGUACCUGCUGCAGCUGCGCGACACGGGGCUGCCGUCCCGUCUGCGCGAGUACAUGAAGGUGGCGGCCGAGCGCUCACCGUCGUACGCCCGGCGCGGCUGCGAGGACCCGCUCUUCGACCGCUCGCUGCCGAUCGUGCACGAGCGGCGCCGCUUCACCGACAUCAUGGACGAGGAGAUCGACGACGAGCGUAAGACGCGCAUCAGCCAGUACGACGCCGAGGCGCGGCCGCACGUGCCGCGCCGACUGCGCUACGAGAUGGGCACGCGCGCUGACGCCGUCGUCGAGGCCGAGACGCUGCUGGAGCAGCGGCGCGACGGACAGUUCCCGUUCUUCCGCGAGAAGCCGUCGGACACGGCCAUCCAGGAGGGGACGCCGUGCGAGAUCUCCUGCAUGGCCGUCGGAGAGCCCAAGCCAAUCGUGCAAUGGUUCAGAAAUGACAUCGUGAUCGGCGAGACGAAGCGGAUCAAGAUGGUGGAGGAGGACAACGGCCGGUCGCGGCUGCGCUUCGAGCCGGCGAUGGACUUCGACCAGGGCGUCUACAAGGUGGUGGCGCGCAACAGCGUCGGCCAGACCGUCACCAAGUGCCGCCUGUUCGUGGGCUCGGUGCCGGGCCUGGUGGACAUGCCGGAGCCGGUGGAGUACUCGGACACGGAGGUUAUGCUCCGCUGGAAAAUCCCGCAGGACUCUGGCCACACUCCCAUCCUCGCCUACGGCCUGCAGGUCAAGCAGACGUUGGACCACGAGUGGACGGACGUCGCCAACAAUAUCGACCACGAGUUCUUCUGCGUGCGCGGCCUGACGCCGGAGAGCAACUACCACUUCCACCUGAGGGCGUACAACAAGUUCGGCUGGGGGCCUUACAGCGUGCCCAGCCCGACCGUGCGCACGCGUAAACUCGGCUGGGAGCGCAAGGUGAUGGUGACGAAGGCGGAGAAGUACCUGCAGCAGCUGACCGAGUCGGGCCGCGCGCCGCUGGACCUGGAGGCACGUCCGACGCUUGACUACGCCGUCGAGGAGACCCCGGUGGAGCUGACCGACGGCUCGCCGGAGGGCAAGUACAGCUUCCUCGCCGAAAUCAACAGGGGGCGGUUCUCGCUGGUCGCCAAGUGUGUGGAGACGGCCACGGACCAGGUGCGCGCCGCCAAGAUCCUGGAGGCGGGCGAGGAGACGAGGGACGCUGCGCACGCCGAGUUCCGCGCGCUGCGCCACCUGCGCCACGAACGCGUCGCCGCGCUGUACGACGCCUACAGAAUGGACACCAAGUACGUGCUGAUCAUGGAGAAGCUGCAGGGUCUGGACAUCCUCACCUAUUUCCAGCUACGCCACGAGUACUCGGAGAACAUGGUGGCCACCGUGGUGACGCAGGUGCUGGACGCCCUGCAGUACCUGCACUGGCGCGGCGUGGCGCACCUGGACCUGCAGCCCGACAACGUGGUGCUCACCACGUGUCGCCGGGUGGACGUCAAGCUGGUGGACCUCGGCUCAGCGCAGCGCGUCACCAAGCUCGGCUGUCGCGUGCAGCGCUGCGGCAACCUCGAGUACUCCGCGCCCGAGCUGCUGGCCGACGAGCCGGCCUUCCCGAUGACGGACGUGUGGUCGCUGGGCGUCAUCACGUACCUGCUGCUGUCGGGCGUGACGCCCUUCCACGGCGACACCGACGCCGAGACGCGCCAGAACAUCCUGUUCGUCCGCUUCCGGUUCGAGUACCUGUACCGCGAGAUCACCACCGAGGCCACCCGCUUCCUCAUGCAGAUCUUCAAGCGCGCACCGAGCAAGCGGCCCACGUGCGAGGAGUGCUCCGAGCAUCGGUGGCUGCUCUCCAACGACUACAUGCUGAAGCGACGGGAGCGAGCCGUCUUCUUGGGCAACCGGCUGCGGGAGUACUCGGAGAAGUACCACCGCGAGAGGUUCGAGCAGGCCACCCAGAGCCCCGACCUGCUCUCCGGCUUCGGCAUGGGCCUGUCGCGCUCGCUCAGCGUCGAGAACAACGCCUACACCACCUUCUAGUGACGCGGCGGCGGCGAGGCCGCCCGCGCCGUCGGGGAGAUGUCGACCGCCCGCGUCCUGUCCCGCACGCGACCGCGCAGCCCAGUUUGUCAGAUGCACUCACCCUUGUGCCACCUCUUCUUCAGCUCUUGUCUCGGUAGUUCACACGCUAGGAAAGUUGUCCGCUAAUUCUCGUCCGCCAGAAGCCUGCUGUCGACGAUCGCUGGAGCUGGGUGUUCUCCGACGCGCCGACCCGCGUGAGAGUUGGGCGGUUUGUGGAUAUGGUGAAGGUUUCUCUCCGGGUGUAACCGUAUGCGAUAUAUUGGUAAUACAUCGCUGUAUAAA